UCUGCUAUGCUGCCUUAUAUUUGCUAUCCAUUCAGUUCCCAUGAACUUGUUCGUCUCUUCCGCUCCUAAAUCUCCUUCUGCUUUCGUCGUUUUGCUUGUGACGCAUUCUUCGUCCUUUUUUUUUCUGCUGUUGCAUUGCAGCCCGUCGGAGUUUUCGGAAAUUUUCAUCUCAGGUGAUCUUGUGAUCCACAUUCGCUACAUUAUGCUGGAUUCGCGCGUUUGUUCUACGUCGAGAUUCGCAGUUCCUGGCUUCUGAUCUCGAGAUAACAGGCAUGGAAUCCUUGGAUCUACUGGGUUUCAAGGUGGGUCACUGCCUUGUUAUUGUGUUGUUGCAGUGAUGGGCCACUGACUAUCAAGAACUGAAUCAACCAAAAAUUUCGGCUUUUGAAUCGAGGGAAGAGAAAAACGAAGAUUGAGCAGAGAUGAUAAACAAGACACUUGUACUGACUUAUUUCUACUUACUGAUCUACAUUUUGCUCUCAUCAGGAGUUAUCCUGUACAACAAGUGGGUACUGUCUCCAAAGUACUUCAAUUUUCCGUUUCCUAUAACACUGACAAUGAUCCAUAUGGGGUUUUCUGGAUUUGUGGCCUUCCUUCUUAUUCGUGUAUUCAAGGUUGUAUCUCCCGUUAAAAUGACAUUUGAAAUAUAUGCAACCUGUGUGGUACCUAUAAGCGCAUUUUUUGCAUCAAGCCUCUGGUUUGGCAAUACUGCAUAUCUUCACAUUUCGGUGGCCUUCAUUCAGAUGCUGAAAGCUCUAAUGCCGGUAGCAACAUUUCUUAUGGCCGUUGUGUGUGGCACUGACAAAGCAAGGUGCGACGUGUUCUUGAACAUGUUGCUGGUCAGUGUCGGAGUUGUUGUAUCCUCAUAUGGGGAAAUUCAUUUCAACAUAGUUGGCACAGUCUACCAGGUCACAGGCAUAUUUGCUGAAGCUCUCAGGCUUGUGCUAACUCAAGUUCUUCUACAGAAGAAGGGCUUGACAUUGAAUCCUGUCACCAGCUUAUAUUAUAUAGCUCCCUGCAGUUUUGUUUUCCUGUUUGUGCCAUGGUACAUACUGGAGAAGCCAGGGAUGGAAGUUUCGCAGAUACAGUUCAACUUUUGGAUCUUCUUUUCGAACGCACUCUGUGCAUUAGCCUUGAACUUCUCGAUAUUCUUAGUGAUUGGGAGAACAGGGGCGGUCACCAUAAGGGUUGCUGGUGUUCUCAAAGACUGGAUUCUGAUCGCCCUCUCGACAGUCAUCUUUCCAGAGUCUGCAAUCACUGGCCUGAACAUCAUCGGAUAUGCAAUAGCGCUGUGUGGAGUUGUAAUGUACAACUACAUAAAAGUGAAGGAUGUGAAGGCGUCACAACAGUCAACUCCGGACAGUCUUCCAGAUCGAGUCGCUAAGGACUGGAAGAUGGAGAAGAAGUCUUCGGAUAUAUUCAAGCCAAGCGACAGUGGAGAGGGCCCCUUCUCAGCAGCUGAGCCAAACGAUGAGGAAACCCCCUUGAUCACAACGUCUCGGUUAUCCCAUAUUGGUCGAACCCACAACGCCUAGCGUCCACACAUAGGUUUUGGUCCCCGGACAUUGAAAGCUAAAAGUAGUGGAAUAGCCAAUGUUGGUAAGUUCAGAAAAACGAAAUCCACAAAAUCGUUUGUAGUUACUUGAAAGACAUAAUUCUCAACUAUUUUAGUUCAGUGGAAAAGUUUUGGUUGUCCAUCACA